CUCUGGAUAAACGCGAUCAUCUUAUUGCUUCGCGUCCGGCGACUGCACGAGUCUUGCCGCUCGUGCGACGAAGGCGCUAGGGUAGGAGUUUCGCUCGUUUGGUGAUGGCGGAGGGUCUCGAACGAGUGGGCGAUGGAGUCUGUCUUGAGGAGAAGUCAUCUCCGCCCCCAAGAAAGGAGGCGAUAUGGUUUGUUGGCAAAGGUUCCGUAGCGUAUGCGAGUCGCGACAGCGCGUGCGUGCCCGGUUCGGAAACAAAAACGUGGCAGUCGGCUUAAAAACGCCACAGAGUCAACCGUUCCUCAUCUCUUGCGCAGAAAGGAAUUUGACACAUGUGCGGAUCUGACUCGACGUAGCUAUAGCACUCCGCAGUGUAUCGCCCCUAUUCUGUCGACGGUCUGAACUGCUUCUUGGUUGGACGUUAAGUCGAUGCGCGGUAAGAUUGAGGUAUGACG